AUGUCAGGCACGUCCAAGCUGUUCCAAGACAUUGACCGUCAAUACGGUGAUAAGGUGGCCACGAUGAGCGAGGAAGCCAAGAUGCUCGUCGGACUACCCUAUCUCGCCAACACAGAGAAUCUCAUCCGUGCGCGUGUCAGAGCACGUCGUCUUCAGACCGAGUACAACAAGACGCAACCCACCUCGGCGCUGGACGAUCAGACCAACCACUUCAAGCACGGCCAGACGGUUAUGUCGGAAGACCGAAAGCGUCUGCUCUCGGAACUGCUUCAAGUACCGCUCUCGCAGGUGGCCAAUGUGGAAAUCGAACCGCCUCUGUGGGUCGACUAUGGCACCAACAUCAAGCCGGAAGGCGCAUUCUACGCAAACUACAACACCACAAUCUUGGACUGUUCCGAGGUGAGGCUGGGCGACGGUGUGCUGUUCGGACCCAAUGUCAGUAUUUACUGUGGAACCCACUCAGUAUCGGUCAAGGAAAGGAAGGAGGGCUUGGAAAGAAGUUUGCCCGUCAGCAUUGGUAAGGACACCUGGGUAGGCGGUGGCACUAUCAUCAUGGCUGGUGUGACCAUCGGCAGGGGCUGCACAAUUGGCGCCGGAAGCGUAGUUACCAAAAACAUCCCGGAUUGGAGCGUCGCCGCGGGUACGCCAUGCAAAGUUAUGAGGACACUCACCCAAGACGAGCGAGCAUGA